AUCGUCAUUUAUUUAGGAAAUAAAAUCAAAGCACUCGCCUCGAUAAAAUCGAGGAUAGUAAAAUAAAAAUGGCAUGUUUCAAACCAGGCCAAAAUUCGAGCACGACUUGGGCGUUUCUCAGUCCAAAGCGCGAUCUUGUGGCACCAAUUUCAGUUAAUUGAGUGCAUUGAUAACUCCUAACCAAGUCAAAAGAAAAUCCAAGUUUUCAUAUUGACAUGGCGAUGGGCAUUGCGGCGAAGGGAAGGUCAGGUGGCAUCUCAGUUGGAAACACACUGAAAUUCUCCCCUGUUCAAAGUCCCGUCAAAAAAUGUUUGCGGGUACCUGCAUUUCUCUAUGGACGAAAUCCUCUUUCUAAGUCUUUUAAUCCCAUGACGAGGAGGGCACUGAUUCCCGUUGCCAGCGUGAAUAAUUUUGACGUCUUCGGAGCUAAAGGUAUGACUGGAACCUUUGAGCUUGAAAUGAAGGUGCGUGAUUAUGAACUGGAUCAGUACGGGGUUGUCAACAAUGCAGUUUAUGCAAGUUAUUGCCAACAUUGUCGCCAUGAACUUUGUGAAGCUAUUGGUAUGAGCCCAGAUGCAAUAGCUCGUAGUGGAAAUGCACUUGCCUUGUCAGAGUUAUCUUUGAAGUACCUUGCACCUCUGAAAAGUGGUGAUAGUUUUGUAGUUGCUGCAAGAAUUUCCAGUUCAUCUGCUGUGCGUGUUUUUUUUGAUCACUUCAUCUAUAAGUUGCCCAAUAGGGAACCUGUGUUGGAGGCAAAAGCGACUGUUGUUUGUCUUGAUAAAAGCUAUCGUCCUGUCCGUUUUCCUCCUGAUUUUAAAUCUAAGCUCACACUGUACCUCCGUAACAAUGAAACAAACUAAAAACUUUGGUAGGAUGGACUUGUCAUAACCAGUAAUGCAUAUAGGGUCGUUAUAAAUUCAUUAGUUGUCAUUGCAUAUUUGAUGUGCAUUCAAACAUACACCACAUAUACAAUCUGAUAUAAUUUGAUCAAGUUUAGGUCUAAUUUGAUACCUUCAAUCUUACAUCUUUAAGUAUUCACUUGAUAAGGUUCUUUAAAAAAGAUACAAGGUAACGUUUAAAGCACCAUGUUAGCCACCAAUUAUCUUGGUAACUAUUUAUUAACACUUAUACUUGAAAGCUGCAGCAAAUGUACUUAGGGAUCUUUACCUCGAGGCUGAUGAACAUUCUGAUGUGAGUUAGCUAAACUUUUUCAGGAAUUUUAGUAUUUUACUUAUAUACAUGUUAUAACCACAAGCUUAUGGUGCUGUGUUGAUUUUUUGAAGA